AUGAAGUGGUCUACCAUCUCCCUUGUCCUCGCUGGGUCCGCCGAGGCGGCCCUCCGCUUCGGGUGCUCGACGGUGAGCAUCCAGCGGCUCGACCCCCUUGUUGAGCCCGGCAAGCUGCCCUCGGCCCACGUCCACCAAAUCGUCGGCGGCAAUGCCUUCAACGCAACCAUGGAGGGCGACAUCAGCGAGAAGGCGACAUGCACGACGUGUACCUUUUCCGAGGACUUCUCCAACUACUGGACUGCCGUCAUGUUCUUCAAGCACAGCAACGGCUCGUACAAGCGCGUACCCAUCAUGCAGAACACAGCCUUGCCUAACGGCAUCAACGGUGGUAUGACCAUCUAUUACACCCAGCAGGACUUUAACUCCAACGGUAAUCAAAAGAUUACCGCGUUCAAGCCGGGUUUCCGCAUGACCGUCGGCAGCCCGACGUAUAGUGCCGAACCCGGCUCGAGCGGCAACCCCGGCUUGCGGUUUGUCUGUCUGCAGAACAAGGGCACCCGCUUCCCGGAGCUGGCUACCUUCCCGACUCAGCCCUGUGUCGGUGGCAUCAUGACGGUGCACCACUUCCCUAGCUGCUGGGACGGCAAAAACCUCGACUCCCCCGACCACCAAUCCCACAUGUACAACACCGUCCGCGAAGCCUUCACCCCGGCCGGUGCCUGCCCCUCCUCACACCCAGUCCGCAUGCCGCAAGUCGCCUACGAGACGCUCUGGGACACGACCCAGUUCAGCUCGAUGUGGCCGCAGGACGGGUCGAACCCUUUCGUGCUGAGCUACGGCGACAACGUCGGGUACGGCACUCACGCCGACUACGUCUUUGGCUGGAAGGGCGAUUCGCUACAGAAGGCGAUGGACUCGUCUUGCAUGUUCCAGGGGUGUGAGAAUGGCAACCCGCUGAAGAGCCAGAAUGUGCAGGCGAUGAAUGCUUGUGCUGUUAAGAGCCAGGUGAAUGAGGAUGUUGAUGGGUGGCUCGACCACCUCCCCGGCAUGGAGAUGUAA